UUGAAGGCCAUACAUUACAGGGGAUGACGUUUGUCGCGCGUGUCGACAGAACAGAGAGGAAAUGAUGCUGAGGAUGAUGAAAAAUGGAAGCAGUGGGUGUGCAGUGACUCCAUCAGUGAAGACAAACACACUCUGAGCAUGGCCGUGUUCCUCCACGCCAGCACGUCUGACAUCAGCUUCGAGGUCGGCGAAUAUGAGCGAUUCUCCAGAGGUGACUCCGAGAAGGCUCCAGUGAAGACAUGGAGGUCAAAGUUGGGGCGCUUCAACGUGGUUCUGCUGGGACUGGGGCUGCUCUGUGUGGUCCAGGCGAUCCUCAACAUCUGUCUGAGACUGAGUCUGAGAGACGCUUCUGUGGUGUCGUCAACACCUGGUUCCAUUACACAAACGCAGGCCCCGCCCAUUAAAGCGACUCGAGAGGCAGAGGCAGAGCGCUGCCCUCAGGACUGGCUGAUGUUCGACUCCAGCUGUUACUACAUCUCGACACAGAGGAAGACCUGGGACGACAGCCGGAGGGACUGCCUCCAGAGAGGGGCGGACCUGGUCGUCAUCGGCAACCGACAGGAACAGGCGUUCCUCACCGGGUUCACGGAAGUAGCGUGGGUUGGAAUGACUGACAGGAGGAGGGAGGGGAGGUUUGUAUGGGUGGACAGAACCCCAGUCAACAGAAACCAGCUCCAGUGGGCACGUGGCCAGCCCGAUAACUCCAACGGAGCAGAAGACUGUGGCGACCUCUACACCAGGAUCGACUUCAUCGGCCUGAAUGACUCUGCGUGCACAACCCUGAGGCAGUGGAUCUGUGAGAGAAAACUGUCCUAAAUGUCACUGAUAGGAAUGUAAUAAACACAGCUUCAACUGCACCUAAUAUUACUCCUCAUGCAUCUAAUACGAUGUGCGUUUCUAUUCGAACAAUUAUCUGAUAUUAAGGUAACUUUUCACACCUUUUUGCGGAAUCGUCAGAUUUGUAGGGCUGCUUUAUUUUCAUUGUUAACCAGUUGAAAUGUCAGAUUUUAAUGUCAUUUUAGUGUCAUAGAGGAGGAAAUAAACCAGGGAAGAUUACAGUUUAAGUGGUUGGAAUUAGAACGUGAUUGACUUUUUCCUUUCCUUAAAACACUCAUAGUGGUUAAUUUGGUCAUCAGGGUAGAUGGUGAUUAACUCUUUAUGCACCAAAGUUGCAAUAUUGCGACAAGCAACAUGGCUGAAUGAAACGGACAGCUUUUGGAAAUCUUGAUAUCAAACUUGAAUAUAAAAAAAAAAAAAAGAAUAAAAAUAACUUUGGUUCUUCAAUUUCCUGAAGCCUCUAAUCUAAUCUAAUCUAAUAUAGUCUAAUCUAGUCUAAUGUAAUCUAAUCUAAUCUAGUCUAAUGUAAUCUAAUCUACUCUAAUGUAAUCUGAUCUAAUCUAGUCUAAUGUAA